AUGACCCUGAGCGAUGCUUGCUGUACAAAAAGAACGCAGCUUUCCAUCACUAACGAUCUGGAUUCAAGCUCGGAACUCUUAGUUCAUUGUAAGCCAAGAAAUUAUGAUCUUGGCUUAAAAUCCCUCUCUCCUCAUUGUAGCUGGUCAUUUGAUAUUGUUUUUAGAUUAAUGUGGAUAUUUGUGCUUGUUUUUGCUUGUAAUAUGGUUUGGAAUGGACAAAGUAAACUGUUCGAUAUCUACACAGGAGAAAGGGAUGGUGCAAUACGCGGUGUCGGUGGUUGGCCUGUCCUUCAAACGGCGGUCAAUUGUUUUCCAUGGAAGUUAGGAUGA